CUCGGCGCUCGAUGGUGGAGGGGGUUAGCCGAAGCUGGAGCCGAAGCUGGAGCCGAUGUCGGAACCGGGCCGAGCUGGACCGAUCAAACACACAAGUGCUCAAACGUGACAUUUUUCGGUUCAUUCAAUUUCAAUGGUAACUCGUCGUGUUGAUUUGAACUGAAAGAAUCAUUUUCUAAAGAUUCGUUGAAACAUUCUUACAUGAAAUGCAGCACUCCGAAUGUUAGACCCUUAUCGGCUCUUCUGAACUGCUUUCCACUUUCUUAAGUUGGUCAACUCGUUUAGAACGGUAAAAGAAGACUUGCAGCGCUGUUUGAAUGUUGGCGUCGACGUUGGCCUAACACGUUUGCUCGUUGGUGUUGGUCGGUACGGACUUUUGUGGACUUUUGACGGAGUUUUGUGGAGUAUUCUGGGUAAGUUCCAUAUUUCAAGUAACUAAACUAAAAUAAUUUAAUGUUUUCCAUUUAUUUGCGUGAUUAUUUUAACGGUCGAGAACGAGUCGUUGCUGUGAAGGGAGAGAUAUUCGUUGAUCAGGGUUCUGGCCUAUGGCCUGUUCCUGGCGUAGCCACUUGAUCCUUGGUUCUAACGAUAUUUUAGACGCAUUCAAUAUUGUUAAUUCCUAAUACACUUUUGUUUCUUAUACCAGUGCGAUCGCGACGAUGGAUUCUCUCCCAGGGCCGAGCUCUGCUGUAGCAGAGAGUAAUAGUGGCCUCUCUGUGGUGCCCUUCACCAUACAGGAAGGAGACAACAUCUACCAAGGCCAUAUUGAUUUACAAAGCCUGCUACAGAUGGAAUCAGACAACGGCUUUCGACAGAUUAUUCUAGACAAUUUGAAGGCAGUUGGAGUUCAGCCAUCAAAGGCUGGAAGUCUCCAGGAAGCAGCAAGUCAGUCUGCAGUCAGAGCUUUUAAAAUGAUUCCCACUCCCAACCCAAUCAGUCGGCCUUCUCUAGCUCAAGGUAAAUAUGGAGCGGUGUGGGAUAGUGAGUCAACUAGAGCAAUGCUAGAACGUUGCCUUGCACACAAGAAGGCAUUUUAUAAGAAACGAACAGUUGAAGACAAAGUUUGGGCAUCCAUAUCUGACGAAGUUUUUGCAAUCAAUGAGAAAAUGGACUACAAUGGAGAACAAUGCAGAGAGAAAAUGAGGAAUCUAAAAAGGGCUCAUAAAGAGUUUAAUUCAGGCAAACAAAAAUAUUUUGAGUUUUGCGACCUCAUGGUAGCUAUUUUUGACACACCAAUUGAAGAGCAAGCAGCUAUGCAGUUAGAUCGAGUCACUGAUUUUGCAUUAGUAGGAAAUAGCAGCAUAUCCUUUACAGAAUCAGGACCUAGCAUGACAUCCUUUGUACAAGAAAGUAGUACAUCCUGCAGUGACCACGUUCAGUCUCUAGAUCUAGAAGCAGAUUUGCAGAGUUUUCCCGACACUGAUCAGUUGGGUAAUGAUACACCUACACCUACACCAACAAUGCACUCGGAAACCAUGGAAAUGUCACUUACUGAGAAAUCAUGUCAAAGUGGAGGGCCAAUUAAUUCUCAAUCCGAUACUAUGAGUGGGCCUGAAAACAAAAAAUCUGGAACAGAUAAGCCAGUCCAAGCAGUACCUGCUGCUAUAAGAUUGAAAAAGAUUGGCGCUGGUGGAAGUGCUGGCAACUGGGACAAAGAUUCAACUUUGGCUGUAGUACAGGCCUUCCUACAGAGAAAACAAGAAGUGCAGCGGAUAGAAAAUAUCCCACAGCGUGUUUUCAAAGACAUUAGUGAUGAGCUUAAAUCAAAAGGGUUUAAUAUGAAUCCAAGUGUUUGCAGAGACAAAUUCACCCAAAUGAAUGAUUUUUUCACUGGUGUGCUACCCUCAGGUGGUUUCAUGUCAGGCUUUAAAUGGCCACAUUAUGAUAAUUUUUGUGAGCUUCAUGACAUCCCCUUUGAUUUCAUAAUUCCUGUCAAUCAAGAGUCACUCGCAUAUGAGCCUGCCGGUAAGCUUAUUGUUCUUAAGUUUUUAACUAGGAAAGUACAUUGUUCGCUGCAGCAAAGCUUCUUUACUAAAAUUAUUUAUUUAUUCCUCUCACUAGGAAAUGUAAUUUGGACCGAACCAGCAGUAUUCCUGUUACUAAGUGAAUACCAUGCAAAGAAAAAUCAAUUUGACAAUACCAAAUCUCCAAUUAGGCACCAACUGCUCUUCAAUGAAAUUUCAGACACCAUGAAUAAUUUUUUAAUACCUGUAUCAACUAAGCAGUGCCUUGACCAGAUGAAUGUUUUAAAAAUUAAAUUCAGACAAGAAUAUGACAGGCUUAAUGUCAGGAACACAGGCCAGCCUCCAACAACUUGGCCCUACUAUGAUAAAAUGCUUGAAAUAUUCCAGGGUUGUGCCAGCUUGGAUGCUCCCUUUUUACUAUCUGCGGGAAAAGGGCUGUUCUACUCUGUAAAAGGGAAACAAAACACAAGCAGUUCUAGUGGAACCAGGACUCGCCCAAAAGAAGCAAAGGAAAGUGGAGUUACACCCAAGAAGCCAUUGACUGCUCAGCAAUAUAGAGAAAUGAUUGUGGUACAAAGAUCAACUGCCACUGAUGAGUUAAAGCUACUGAGAGAAGGCCUUGAAAGAAGAAGUGUUGAGAGAUCAGCAGAAAUGAAAAAUCUCACGGAAGUUUUGAGGGAUUAUGUAAACAAGCAGCAGCAGUAAUACUAUUUAGAUUACAUCUCAAAUUUUUGUUUGAAACUGGAGCAAGGGAAUUUUUUUAAUUAUCUAGUGAUAAAUCUAGUCAAAGAAUGUUAUUUUCUUCA